AUGGAUGUCUACUACGCCUACACAUAUGCAACAGCUGGGUGGUUGACCCUUCAAGCUGCCCCUCUUGUCAUAACUCCCACAAUCAUUAUCACUCUCCUCUCCCCUGAUGUCCGUGAACCAACAGUACUCGAAGAAUACUUCUCCCGCUCCCUCGGAAUGACGCUGUUUACGCUAGGAAUAAUGAUCAUCCUCCUCACUGGUUCCGUCCCAUUGACCUCUUCAUUCUCCGACACAACCUCUGCUGGAGUAACAACCGCCGAAUCUGACCCAAAAGCACCCUAUGCCGUCCCGACCUUGACAAUCUCCCUCCUCUACCACAGCGCCGCUGCCUUUUUCACGUACGCACGGUAUAACACUUCCGGUCAAACUUCAUUCGCCCUCGGUGCCAUUGUUUAUGCAGCACUGGCUAGUGUAGGGUUGUGGUGUGUUUUGUUUGCCAGUAGUGGAGGAAGGAUUAGUAGGAAAACAGGCGCGGAUAAGAGGACGAGUGGUUUUCCUUUCAGCAACAAGGAGAGUGCGUCGGCGAAGAAGAAGCAGAUGGGCAAAGCUAUCUGA